AUCCAGCAUCUCCCACCGAAGCCUUCUAAAUUAUAUUUGUCUCUUUUUAAGCCUACCUUCCUCCUUCACUCUCUCUCAUGGCAUCUCGCAGGCAAAUUGCUGCCAUGAAGCAAUCCCUCUUCGACCAGGGAUAUCUGGAUGAACAGUUCAUUCAGCUCGAGGAACUGCAGGAUGAUGCCAACCCUAACUUUGUUGAAGAAAUUGUCACUCUUUACUACCGCGAUUCUUCAAGACUUGUAUCAAACAUAGAGCAAGCAUUGGAGAGGAACCCACUGGAAUUUAACAGGCUAGACUCUAUGAUGCAACAGUUCAAAGGAAGCAGCUCAAGCAUCGGAGCCAAAAAGGUGAAAGCAGAGUGCACCCUGUUUAGGGAAUAUUGCAGGGCUGGAAAUGCCGAGGGAUGCAAGAGGAGCUUCCAACAGCUGAAGAGAGAAUAUGCCACACUGAGAAAGAAACUUGAAGCUUAUUUUCAGCAAGCAAGGCAAGCUGGGCCCUUUGAGGCAGCAUGUCGCCCCAAGUAAAGGCUGAUUUGAUAAAAAUGCAAUCUUUGAGACAAACGUAGUUGGUGGAUCUUGAGACUGAGAGUACAUAUUCACCUCACAAGAAAAAAGAAGGAAAGGCUCUAGUGGGUUUGGGGAUGAUACUUUGCUUCCAAAUAUCAGUUUUGUUUUUCCAAGUUGAAUAUGUAAUGCCCUGAAUUUUGCUUUCUAUAGUGUAACUACUAAUGAACCGCAUUGAUCAAAUUUGAGUAGCUUCAGGAUCCAAAUUGAUGAGUACUAGAGUCAAAGUAGUAUAACAGUGAUGAGCACAGAGAGUGAACAAGAAUAAAUUAGAUUCCUACACUGUUGCCUUAUAUAGAAAGAAUAAUGUAAAAUAAUCAUACUAUAUGAUAUCAGUUCUUUUGGCCAA